GUUCAAAGUAAUUAAGGAAUCCAUCCGUGUGACACCAGACAGAAAGUUUCAGGACUUACAGAAGAGAGUGAAUAUCAGUUCCGUGUCUGUGCUAUUAAUGCAGCUGGCCAAGGUCCAUUCUCAGAUGCAUCUGAUUUCUACAAAGCAGUUGAUCCUAUUGACAAACCUGGACAAGCAACAAAACUCAAGAUUGUGGAUAGUACCAAAUCAUCAAUCACUCUUAGCUGGACUAAGCCUGUCUUUGAUGGUGGUAGCCCAAUCACAAGCUACGUUGUGGAAGUCAGGGAAGGAGAGAGUGAAGAAUGGACUGUUGUUAGUGCUAAAGGAGAAGUCAGAACUACUGAAUAUGUUGUUUCUCUUCUUAAACCUGGUGUUGACUACUACUUUAGAGUAUCUGCUGUAAAUGCAGCAGGCAAAGGAGAGCCUAUUGAGAUGACUGAACCUACCCAGGCAAAGGACAUACUCGAGGAGCCUGAGAUUGAUCUUGACGUUGCCUUGAGAACAUCCAUUGUGGCAAAAGCUGGUGAAGAUGUUCAGUUAAUGAUUCCCUUCAAAGGAAGACCUACUCCAAGUGUGACAUGGAGAAAGGGAGAGAAGAACAUUGGUAAUGACCCAAGAUACAAUAUUCAGAACACAGAAUCUUCAACAUUAGUUGAUAUACCUCAAGUCACCCGCCAUGACACUGGCAAGUAUGUUCUGACAAUAGAAAAUGGCGUUGGACAGCCUAAAUCUACAUUUGUUACAGUAAAGGUGCUUGACACACCAGCAGAAUGUCAAAAGCUACAAAUAAAGAACGUUGCACGUGGCACUGUUACACUGGUAUGGGAGCCUCCACUCAUAAAUGGCGGAGCUGAAGUCACUAACUAUGUAAUUGAAAAGAGAGAUGCCACUAAGAGAGCUUGGGCAGCUGUCACAACAAAAUGUUCUCAUACAUCAUUCAAGAUAACUAAUUUGUCAGAGAAAACAGCUUACUUCUUCAGAGUUCUUGCAGAAAAUGAAAAUGGUAUAGGAGAACCGUGUGAAACAACAGAGCCAGUGAAAGCAUCUGAAAUUCCAGGA